GAGCUGGCGUGUCCAGACGGUUACGUCAUCACCAGAGGUCCAGGUAAAGCAAGGUGUUCCGUCUCCAACGGUCAUCUACAGUGGGUCUCAGACGGUUCCGUGUGUGAGUCGAUCUGCCUGCACCCACCCAGAAUCCCUCACGCUAAACUCAACCACAUGACCCAGAAAAUAACUGAAGCAGGUACUUUGUAUAAAACUCGUACCCAGAAACCCGGUUUAGUUAAAAACAACGAAACAAUUAUCUAUUCAUCAGCGCAAUACAUCUGUGAGAAACCAUAUACUCAAUCAGGGGAAAUAACUCUUCAUUGCCAACCAGAUUAUAAAGCUCAACCAACCUGGUCCAGUACGAAUCAUACAUGUACUAUCCCUGACUGCUCAAGGAAAUAUAUCUUAACACAACAGAGUGGUGCUCUCGUUCAUCCGUCCCACCAACACCAAACAGCAACAAGCGGUCACGUGACGUGCGCCUGGGAGAUCCAAGCCCGGGGAGACUCACGCAUCACCCUCCACAUCCGGUACCUCGAUCUACCCGACUACAGCAACACAAACCUCGCCGUGUUCGACACCGGCAGGCCCAGACCCAGCAGGCUGUUCGCUGCCCGGGGAGGGGUGGAGCAGGUCACGGUGACCAGCGAUACGAGGCGGGUCAGUGUGGUGUACCGGGGGGGCCGGGACCUCGAGGGACAUCGGGGGUUUUACAUCGAGUACACGACGUCACACGGCAGACGGGCACGUGAUGUCAACGAUGUAGAUACGGAUGAUGACGUCGUUUCCGCUGAGACGCCGAUAGAUACGACUAUUGAACUUCAGGAUCAGCAGACGACAUUACAAGAGGACACGGUGACCUCACCAACAGACGGCGAUAGGUCAACUGACCAGGGGUCAAGUGUGGGGGAUGGUACAGACGUCUCCGGCCCGGCGGUGGGUGAAACGUUGCCGGAUGUCGUCACGGAUAACUUUCCAAGUGACGUCACGGACGGCACAUUGUAUAGUGACGUCACAGAUAGCCCAGUACAGAGCACAGCGUUGACACAAUCAAGUGACGUCACCACCUCCCCGUCCCCCGCACUAUUUGUCUCGUCCGGUUCAAACGGCGGAGCAGACGACUCGAACGACGGUUGGAAAAUUGCAGUCGGUGUGGUCAUCCCUCUUCUUGUCCUCCUCAUAGGUGGAGUGGGCGGGUACAUCCUGUACAGGCGGAAGUACCCAGUGCGCAUGAUCAUAGGGCGCGACUUCGCCAAGUUCAGUAACCCGGAGUAUCAGACACAGAAACGACCAAUCAGCCUCGUGCGCGAUGACGCGGACGAUUAUUUCGCCACGCGGAGCCUGGGUCCUGAUGAGCUGAACCCCGUCAACAGACACAUCGACUACGACAACCCGGCGUUUGUCCGGGACGAAAACGACGCGGUCAACGAGGAAGAAGAAGAAGAGAGGAAAUUUCGUAAAGAAAAACCGUGGUUGUUUAAAAACAGCACAGAGGAUGUUGGAAGAAACGACUCGAGGGGUUUUGACUCAACCGACCAAUCAACAGACUCGGUUAAUUCAACUGACCAAUCAGACAAAGUAUCGAAAUCCGGAAGUAAUGCCUCAUUGGACGAGGAGAUUGAUAAACUUUUAAGCCAGCAGCAACCGACGCCAAUACCAAGAACAAGGAGAAAGCUUCAGCGUGAAAACGCUACUGUAACAAUAUCCGAUUCAUCAGAUGAAGACAAGGCAGAAGACGAAGAAUCGAAAUCCAACAUUUCCACGAACGACAACGACGGCAAAUCAACACCUGACGAGUCUGAAAACAAAGACGAAUCCGGCGGGGAAAGUGAGUACGUUAAAAUAGCCAAGACAAUAUUUGAGCAGCCGACAUACGAGGAGGUGAGCGAGAUCGUCAGGUCCCGCGCGAGAUCCAUGAGCCUCGAGCGAGCCCCCGUCGAGUCCCGUGCACGGAGCUUCAGCUUCGACCCGUGGAAAUCAGCCCGGAAGACCAGCCUCCGUGACGGCACGGUGUGGGUGGAGCACCUGAAAGCCGUGGCCAACAGAGCUGUUAUUGUAGAAGGGACGGGCUCGGGUGAGUUUCUGGUGGACGAGAGCUUGUUGGACGGCCUGCCGUUGGAGGAGCGAGACAGGUGUCUUUCUAUGAGUUCGGUCAACAGCAACCCCCACCUGGUCACCGACCUGGACGAGAGCUUGGGCAGCAGUGAGGAGCCGCAAAAUUUGGAGGUUGUUGAGAGUUUAGUGAAACAAGAAGAACCACACAACUCCGGAGAACCGCACAACUCCGUGAUAAGUGAAAGUAAAGAUGACAAAGAAGAGGCUUCGGAAAUUGUUGAUGAUAAAGAACUAGAUACAUCGAGUGAAGACGAAAAUCAACCGGUGUCUAGAUCGUCCUCGUUGAGUUCUGCUGAGUCAAAGAGUAGCAUUGACACGGUGGUCCAUGCUGUGGACUCAAAACCUGACAAUGCUGGAGACCAACUUCCACAAGACAAUGUCAACACCGAGUCCGUCAUAGAAGCUGACAGCUACCCCACAGAAAACAUGGAUAAUCUGACGCUGUCCACAUCAAAUGAAAUAACUCCUGAAAACAGCGAUAAUCAGCGUAGCGAGUUAUCUGAUGUUGUGCAAAUAGACAUUCAGAAACACGGUGCAGAUGUUGUAGAGAGUGUCACUAGUAUACACGACAAAACCUAUGAUGCAAUUAAUGUUGAAGAAUUAGAACCAAGCACGUUAAAAAUAAACACUGUUGAAAAAGAACCAGAUAAAAAUGUCGAAAUAAAGACCACAUCUAUAGAUGAAGAGUUUGAAGAAUUGGGCGACCAGCAAUCUUCAGACACAGAUAGCACAUCAAGCCACUCCUCGACUAAGUCUGCAAACGAUCGACCCAACUUGCUGAACUUGCACCAAUUUUCAUCCAAAGAAAGCGACAAUGUGUUUAUGUCACCGCCUCCUGAAACACCAACCGCGGAAUUCUGGAACCUUCCCUCGCUGCCGGAAACACCAGCAGCCGAGCAGAUAACAUCCGGGCAGUUCAGUGAGGCGGACGUCGAACAUUCAGACGAUAGCGACACGUCUGAAGAAGAUGUAAGCGUGGGAGCUGAUGGAGUACAGGCACCGAAGUUAAUAAAAAAGAUCAGUUACUCCGAUAGUUCCAGCGAUACCUCCGAUGUUUCUUCACAAGAGCCGCGAGAUUUAUCCAAGGUUACCAGAAAAAUUUUGUUACCCUCCGCCAGUUCUGCGAGUGGUGGCGACGAAACGGUGGAAUACUCAGUGGAUGAUAUUUCUAUGUACCUAGAUUUAGGUUCUGACAACGUCCAUGACAACAUCACAGGCGCUCAUCUGUCUCUAGAAACAGAGACACAACACAACGUUAUACUCAAGGCGGAUCUAGGCGAACAGGACGAGAUCGACGUUUAAACCAACAAAAGACAUGAACAAUGUGUAUACCUUUGUUGUUUGCCAAUCAGCAUUUACUGUUCGUGUUUUUAUCAAACACAUUUUUAUAUUGACAACAAAAAAAAAGUGUUGAAAACUCUACAGCAGUAUCGUAGGUCUAGUAUUGGCGUAGCUAGGAUGGGGACACCAACAGAGCUAGCUUCUCCAGGAGUGUUUGAUGAAUAACUUUGUGACCAGAACAAUUUGUUAUUGUUUACCACAGCUCGAUAUUGGUAGUUUUGCCUCAAAAAUUGAAUUAUAAAAUUUAAAUCAACGCUUCUUAAAUGGGGCCAUAAAAAUGUAUAUAAAGCUAAUACUCUUUAUGCUGUUUUACAUAAAUUAUUACUCAUCUUUUAUAUUAUUGAAGUCUUUUUAUUGAUAAUAUAUUGUGCAAUAGCUUACAAUUUAUAAAUGCUUAAUUAUUAAUGUUCAUUAUUUUCAAGACAUAAAAGUAUUAUGUAAAAAUGUUUUUUAAAUAACCUAAGUGCCAUACACGUUUGAUUUCUCUUCAUUUCAUAAAACUGAAUAAAAAUUAAUUUUAAGAUGAAAACAAAAUAUGUUACUGCUUAGUAAACAAAAGCGCAGU